AGCAGAGAGCAGGAAAAACAAGCUUUGGUAAGCCUCCGCCAGAGCAGAAAGAGCUGGGACGAGUCACGCGGCUUCCCCAGGCCGGUGUCCCAGUGUCCGGAGCCCCCAAGCCAGGAGCCUCUAGAACGGAAAAUCGAGAGAGGCCUGAACUGGGUCCGGGAGCACACCUUUCGCCAGCACACAGAGAAGGCUCACGCGACUAGUGCACGCAGGGCCUCGGCUCUCUCUGGAGCUCGGCUGACCCUGGGGCGGCAGAUCACGAUGCCCGCGCGCGCUCCCCGCCGCCUGGUCCAGGGGCCUCGGGGGACCUGGCUGCUGGGCAGCCUCUGGGUCUGGGUGCUGUGCGGCCUGGGGAUGGCGGGCUCCCUGGGAACCCCACAGCCAUGCCAGGCACCCCAGCAGUGGGAGGGACGCCAGGUUCUGUACCAGCAGAGCAGCGGGCACAACAACCGCGCCCUGGUGUCCUACGAUGGUCUCAACCAGCGCGUGCGGGUGCUGGACGAGAGGAAGGCGCUGAUCCCCUGCAAGAGAUUAUUUGAAUACAUUUUACUCUAUAAGGAGGGAGUGAUGUUUCAGAUUGAACAAGCCACUAAACAGUGUGCAAAGAUUCCCUUGGUGGAAUCCUGGGAUCCUCUCGACAUUCCCCAGAAUUCUACCUUUGAAGAUCAGUACUCCAUCGGAGGGCCUCAGGAGCAGAUCAUGGUCCAGGAGUGGUCUGACAGAAGAACAGCAAGAUCCUAUGAAACGUGGAUCGGCGUUUAUACAGCCAAGGAUUGUUAUCCGGUCCAGGAGACCUUCAUCAGGAACUACACUGUGGUCAUGUCCACGCGCUUCUUUGAUGUGCAGCUAGGCAUUAAGGACCCCUCUGUGUUCACCCCACCAAGCACAUGCCAGAUGGCGCAGCCAGAGAAGAUGAAUGAGGGCUGCUCCUUGUGAACUUGCAGGAACUGAACCUCCAACCUCAGCUCUUAGUGACCUUGUAUGGAAAUGGAUUAGAGACUAGUUUGAAAGUAACUCUUCACUGGAAAUAAAGCUAAUUUUAGGGAGAUAAACCCUAUGUGGACUUGCUUGUACAUCUGACUGUGGCUGCUCAGCUCUGUUUUGAGAAGGAAAGGGGCCAUCCUUUCUGUGAGCAGGUGGGUAGUCAGUGCCAUAGAGUAGGAAAGGGUGGGGGUGGGGUCAGCACAAGGAGUUUGCCUCUGCAGGGUGAGACUUUUAUUAUUGCCAAUAAGAAUCGAAGGUGAUAAUAAGAUAGAAUGCUUUUGUUCAGUUCUCCCCUUACAAAGAAAGUCCCUUGCUUGUCUGCACCAGGGUAGCAAUAGCUCCCAGUGACACCACCCCUGCCUCUGGUUACUAUAAGAUGAGCCUUUAAGAUUCUUUCUAGACUUGAAUUUUGUGGCAUGGCCCACUGGAUGUAGAUACUCUACCAGGAAGUAGAAACUGUUAAUACAAAGUAAUGCUUCCUCUAACGGCAAAGGAAGCUUUAAGUGGGAGGCUUGGACAAUCUUAGUAUUUACACGUGAGAUGAAAUGAACAGUCACGUGUGCUGCUUUGUGUGCAAGAGUACUGACCGCUCUGCUGAACCUUCAUGUCUUUUCUAGCGGGCAAACAGGCUUCCAAAAUAGCACUGACCUGGGAGGCCCCCAAGUAAGGCCAAGAAUUCUCUGCUAAUCUAAUCCUUUACAUAUUAAAUGAACUAGGCUAGUAGCCCUUGCCUUUCCUUUCCUGAAACUCUUUCACUGCAACUGUGUCUAUAUGACUACUGCUCAUGCUUCCAAGAUCAGCUCACAUGUGACCUCUGUGAGCUACUCCCAUGCCUGAAUUCAUUGCAUCUUACACCUUGGCAUGCCAUGCUCAUAAUACUCAUUAUGCUGUGUGGGAUUUCCUGAUUAUUAGAAGCUGACCUCUGCUAUCCUGGGUAAGAACCCCUUGAGUACGGGUACCAUGCUCUGUUUACUUUAGUAUCUCCAGCACCAAGCAAGUGCCUGGCACAUAGUCUGUGCCCGUAACAUUUGUAGAAAGGAGCUCACCAGCUCUGUCAGUGUUUACUUUCUUCAUCUAUUAAACAGGGUUGGUUUUUCUGGUUGCUAAGGAGACUUAUAGUAAUACAACUUACUAUUCUAGAUUCUUCUUAUCGCUGUGUUUCAUUUGCCAUGUAGCAUCUUUUGUUAUCAAGAGAAAUGUAUGAUGCUUGCUUUAUGCCAUAGCCAUCUAUAUUGUAAUUUAUCUAUACAAUUAAAUAAAUUUAAUGAACCCUACAAAUUAUUCUUUGAUGUGUUUGUUUUUGUAAGAAAUAUGGAGGAACUGAAUUAUAAAGAAGAUAAAAUCCUUCUGUAAUAAGCAAAUAAAGUACUUCCCAUAAUCAAAGCCAAAUUGGUUA